AGCUUUGUUUACUAUUCACACCUCUUAGCCGUUGAAAACUUCUACUUUUGGUAUCUGUUAUGGCCACAAGGCCCACAACGUCAUAUUUUGCAUGCUCUCUUUGGACUGGCACAGCCUUCAUUCUCCAGAUACCAAUUAGAAGCAAUUGAUAGCAAUCCACAAUCACCUGGUUCUGUCUCCCAUAAAAAAAGCAUCAGAGACUAGAUAUCUUCAAUUCAUAUAUAUAUAUAUAUAUAUAUAUAUAGCUCUCUCUGGUUAAACUCCCUCAACCCUCAACCCUCAACCCUCUACCCUCUUCUUCUAUCUUCAUUAUCUAAGCUCAGUCAUGGAAGAUUAUGAAAAAGGAAAGAAAGCCCAAGAGAUCAUAGCUGAAGUACCCAUCAUAGACCUUGCUGGUUUGAACCAGAGUCCUCACCAAAGGUCCUGUAUCAUUCAACAAAUCAGGAAGGCUUGUCUGGAAAUGGGUUUCUUUCAAAUUAUCAAUCAUGGGAUAAGCCAAUCGAUUAUUGAAGGAACCCUGACGUCGGCGUCGGAUUUCUUCAAUCUUCCGGCCGGUGAUAAAAACAAGUUCAUGUCAAGAGAUGUUCACAAGCCGGUGAGAUAUUCAACAACUGUUACUAGCCUGACGGACGGCGUAGAUAGUAACAGAGUACAGUUCUGUAGGGUCCUCCUCAAACACUAUGCUCAUCCUCUUGACAAAUGGGUCAGCUCUUGGCCAGCCAAACCGCCUCAUUACAGGGAGAAAAUGGGGAGAUACUGUGUGGAAGUACAGAGAGUAGCAACGGAAGUAAUGGGGGCCAUCACAGAGAGCCUAGGCUUGGGGCCAACAUACUUGAGUGAGAAAAUGAACCCAGGAGUGCAAGUCAUGGCCGUUAACUGCUAUCCACCUUGCCUCCCACAAUCAGAUAUUCCAGUACUGGGCCUUCCUCCUCAUUGUGACUACAGCUGCAUCACCAUCCUUCUCCAGAGUUGCCCAGGUCUCCAAAUCAUGGUCCCUCAUGAGGAAGAUGAUCAGUAUACCUCUACUUGGAAGCUGGUCCCUGAUGGAGUAGUUCAAGGAACUCUACAGGUUCAUGUAGGAGCUCAUCUUGAGGUCUUAAGCAAUGGCUUGUACAAGAGUGUGCUCCAUAGGGUUACCCUUAACUCUCAAAGGACUAGGUUCUCCCUUGGAAGCCUCCAUAGCCUGGCCAUGGAUGAGAAGAUGGAGUGUGCAGAAGAACUGGUUGAUGACCAAUUACGUCCUAGGAGAUACAAGGGAAGCAGCUUUAGAGAUUUUCUGGACUUCCUCUCUGCCAAUGACAUCGGUGAGGGGAAAAGCUUCAUUGAUACUCUUAGGAUCAAAGAUCAGUAA